UGUGUUUGUGACUGGGUUAUUUUGGACAGUCUCCAAGCCGCAAAGCAACCAAUCAGAGCGUGGUGCUUACAGAACGUAUCACUCACUUGAUAUUAAUAUCAAACAUCAAACAAAGAGUGUACAGUACUCUCAUACGUAUUUUAUUAGGUCAGGCCACCAACAUGACAUCAACAACCACUGGGUUUUGGGUGUUGGUUACCCUUGCUGAAGUCUCGGGUUUAGCGGCUUUGAUUCUGGUAGGUGUUCUCGGAGGGAAGCAUGUGAAAGACCCUGGAUAUGGGUGGGAUGGCAGCCUACAUACGUUUAACUACCAUCCGAUGUUAAUGUCAUUGGGAUUCAUUUUUUUGUAUGGAAAUGGAGCGAUAGCAUUCCGAGUGAUUGCGACUACCGGCAUUAAUCUUGCACGAACUACACAGAAACUUAUACAUUUCAUCUUCCAAGCAUCGGCGCUGAUUGUAGCGAUUGUAGCACUGGUUGCCGUGUUCAAGUACUACGAUAAACAAGGCUACCAAGACAUGUUCAGUCCCCAUAGCUGGAUUGCCAUUAUUGCCACGGGGCUGUUUACUGUACAGGUACAGUUGAUUGGUGGAUUCUUCUUCUUUCUAUUCCCGAAAUGGGGAUCCAGUUCACUCAAAGCAUCUAUGUUGAGCCUUCACGUCUUUACGGGGAAGUUUAUAUUCAUUAUGAUGAUAGCAACAGCAUUAAUGGGACUGACAGAGGUCGUCAUUUAUGACAUAGUGAAACCAGAAGAGUUCCCUUCAGGCCUGAUUGUUGCCAACAUGUUUGGUUUGUGUAUGCUCUUGUUCUGCGGGUGUAUCAUCACCAUUUUACUGAAGCCUCAGUAUCAAGCAUCCUCAUUGGCCAAGGAUGAGACCAUUCAAAUGGAGAUACACGAUGAAUAAUGCGAGACAAAAAUCAGCAAGAAUGGUGUAUUGUAUUAGAAAUAACUGCAUGCAUCUGCUUAAUCCAUAGUGUUAGCACAUGCCCUUGCUUCAAAAUUUUAAUUAAAUAAUAGACACCAAGCAUUUUUUUUAUUUAACACCUGUUAAAUUUUAUACCAAUCUUAUUAUUAAUAUCAAAAUAUUAUUCACAUUACUUUCUUGUAUGUCAAAAAAAAAACAAUUAAAAUUAUAAAAUAAAAUAUAUGUUAUAAAAUAUAAAGCAUAGUAACACUAUGAUGUGUAAACUGAACUGAUAUUGCUAUGAAAAACCAAACAGAAGUUUAAAGUGUCUUUUGUUCAUCACUAACAUCUUUGUCCUAAGCUGUCUUCUAAAUUGUAUAUACUUGUUCUUGUGUCAUUCCUUUUAACACUAAAGAAAACGCAUCCUCUGUUGCUUAAGUUGUUACUAAGUUUUACAGCAACAUUUGUAUCAUAAAUGUAUCCACUGUUGCUCAAGUUCUUACUAAGUUUGACAGGAACAUUUGUAUCAUAAAUGUAUCCACUGUUGCUCAAGUUGUUACUAAGUUUGAAAGCAACAUAUAUAUAUGAUAAAUGCAUCCACUGUUGCUCACGUUAAUACUCGGUUUGACAGCAGCAUUUGUAUCAUAAAUGCAUCCACUGUUACUCAAGUUGUUACUAAGUUUGACAGCAACGUUUGUAUCAUAAAUGUAUCCACUGUUGCUCAAGUUGUUACUAAGUUUGACAGCAACAUUUGUAUCAUACAUGUAUCCACUUUUGCUCAAGUUGUUACUAAGUCUGACAGUAAUGUUUGUAUCAUAAAUGGUUCACUGUUGCUCAAGUUGUUGCUAAGUUUGACAGCAAUAUUUGUGUCAAAAUUGCUUCCUCUGUUGCUCAAGUUGCUACUAAGUCUGACAGCAACAUUUGUAAGAAAACUGCUUCCUAUGUUACUCAAGUUGUUACUAAGUUUGACAGCAACAUUUGUA